AUGCUGCAAUUGAAACCGUACAACUUACUCAUCCAGAAGACGGUCAGCGAGGCCGUAGAGGCCGCCCAGCAGGGCAGACCGCUCGCGUUGGACCGUAUCAUCUCAGACUUCGACUACACCACUUUCCACAUGUACAACACUGCAGAGGAUCAAGCGGGCACCGUGUACCUCAGCGUGCGUACGAAAGCGUGGCAGAGUGUGUUGCAAUGCGGUGGGCUGUUGGAGUACUUGCAGGAGGUGUACAGUGGUUGCACCGGUGUGACGCUGCUACAGCAACCGGAACAAGGGUACGACUUGACGUUGGCGUUGCAACUUACAAGUUCCCCCACAGAGGAUACCGUGUUGCAACUGUCUUUGCUCAAGACUCACAUCAUGGCGUCGCCCUUCAAGUUGGCGUUCAAAGAGUUCGACGUCUUGAAGAAUGUGCCCGUGGACCCGGAAACUGCUCAAUUGCAACAGGGGCCAGCGUCCAGUCUGUUCGCGAUACAGUACAGGGAUGAUGAGACUAUCUUCAUCAAGCCCGCGAACGACAGGAUCACGGUCAUCUUCGACACCGUCUUCGAAGAUGAGACGGACAAGAUCUUUGGGAAAGUGUUCCUGCAGGAGUUUGUCGACGCGAGGAAGCGUAACAGGUCUAUCCAAUCCGCCCCGCAGGUACUGUACUCGCACGAGCGACCCCUAGAACUGGGCAGCAGCAACCACCCUAAUCUACAGGGGCAACCUUCCCGCGGGUACAUCACGUUUGUGUUGUUCCCCAGACACUUCCAAACGCAGGAAGUCCAAUUAUCCUCCGUGUACCAGUUAGUCCUCUUCAGGAACUACUUCCACUACCACAUCAAGUGUGCCAAGGCGUACAUGCACUCGCGUAUGCGCUACAGGGUCAACACUUUCGUGAAAGUGCUCAACAGGGCCAAAGUGGACGAUGACGACAACGACAAUCAGCCAGCAGCCGAGUCCAGCACGGGUGCAACCUCAACGGGGCCCACAAGAAGAACAGCCACGGGUCGCAAACUCGUCUACUGA